ACUAAAAAAAUCAACCAACUAAAAGUGAGUAAUUAAUAAUAAAAACAAAAGAACUAUAUAAUUCUAACUUUUAAGUUAACAACAAAAAAAAACAGAAUAUUUUCGAUUCUUUAGUUGACGUCACUGACGCAUGUUCAGUCGAAACGUCGCAACGAAAUCAUUCAGAGUAGACGCGCGUGUUUCGCUAGCCUCACUACACGAGAAGGACGGCAGAAUUGAGGUGUUCUUCCGUUAACGCUAGUUGUUUACGACCUAACGUUAUUUUUUAAAUUUUAUGAAUUUUUUAAGUGUACAUUUUUAUAGCGUUUUUAACAGCCUUAAAGCUGUUAGCUUGUGGCCGUCACUCAAGGUUGUCAAGAAAAGACUGCGACCGGACUAAGUGUAAACUAUAUUGCACGCACAAUGAACAGCUGAUGCAGAGAGUAAUUUGUUGCCAUAUUUUGAUAUCAGACAGGGAAUGCUGUUUCGUAGUCGUCAUGUCAACGGAGGUCAGUUUUACUAAGCGAGCCGCUGCGGAAUUAAAUCGAUGCUUUAAUGGUCUGUCUGUUCGAGGAAAGGCCAACAAUGGCCGCGGAGGGGUACCAACCGCCUCGAAUACAGCUGGUCAGACAUCAAUCAGUCGAUAUGGCGAUAAAAAGACAUCGCGCGUGGACAAACUUUCUGAAAUAAAAGAGUAUCUAGCAGCAAUAAAAAAACCACGGACGCUGAGUGACUUGUGGCAAGAUUCGGGAUUUCUUGGGAUGUUCUUUUGGUAUUUUGUGGCCUAUGAUCGGAACACGUUAGCGCAAGUUUGUCAAGUCUGGCGAGAUAUACUAUACCAGCCGAAAUAUUGGAGGAGGGUUCUCCCCAUCCUCCGGUGUCGGGAACUGCGUUCAUCUUCGGGGGAUCUGGCAGCUACGUCCGAACUAAGAAAACGGGUGUAUCUAAGCCUAGAGCGCCGUGGUUUUGACUCGGCUUGUCUGUUUGGCGCCAAUGAUGAGGAUGUGUACGACUUUGUGAGUAACUGUCCAGCUUCUCACGUGCGACACUUACGUCACGUAGCGCUACGUUGCUGUAAUGUGACAGACAAGGGUCUUGAAGCCUUGCUGGAAACUUUACAAGCCGUGACCCAGCUGGAACUGUUUGGUUGUAAUGAGAUUACCGAUGCAGGACUGUGGGCAAGUUUCAGCCCACGCAUCGUGUCCUUGACGUUAGCAGACUGUAUCAAUAUAGCAGACGAAAGCGUAGCUGCAGUGACCCAGCUACUUCCAUCACUGUACGAACUCAAUAUACAGGCGUACCACGUGACAGAUGCCGCUUUGGCGUUUUUUGGACCUCGCCAGAGUGCAACUGUCAUUAUUCUUCGUCUCCGAUCUUGUUGGGAGAUCACUAACCAAGGCCUCCUUAAUCUCGUCCACGCUCUUCCCAAUCUGAGUGUACUAUCGCUCUCGGGUUGCUCCAAAAUAACCGAUGAUGGAGUGGAGUUGGUAGCUGAAAAUCUACGACAACUGAGGUCACUUGAUCUGUCUUGGUGUCCCCGAAUCACAGAUGCCGCAUUGGAAUACAUUGCUUGUGACCUGACUCAAUUAGAGGAGAUGACCUUAGAUAGGUGUAUGCACGUCUCUGAUAUUGGGCUGGGUUAUCUGUCUACGAUGGCUAACUUGUGCGCCCUCUAUCUUCGGUGGUGUUCACAGAUUCGAGACUUCGGAAUUCAACAUCUUUGUAGUAUGCGUCAUUUACAAAUACUGUCUCUUGCAGGAUGUCCUCUGAUAACUUCUGUCGGAUUAUCUUCAGUUGUGCAACUGCGCCAUCUUCAGGAACUCGAGCUAACAAACUGUCCAGGUACUUCUGCGGAACUAUUCGAUUACCUGCGUGAAAACCUUCCAAAUUGUAUGAUCAUAGAAUGAUGAUCACAUUUAUAUACAUAUAUAUUAGGAAAUAAUGGUAAAGUGUUGUAGAAAUAUUACAUUUUUCUUAGAGUAGUCAUUAUAAGUUUUUAUUAUGUCAUAAUAUAUGGCAACUAAGAACUAGUGUCAGCAAUUGGAAGAUAAUAUUUUAUAAUUUCAUAGAGCUGAAUUUUUCUUUAUUCAGUUAUUGUCAUAAACCAUAAUGCUGAACUUGAAAAAUAACGUUAAAUAUUUUUUUCUUAUAAAAAUGAUCUAGUUUGAUGAUAAUAGUCACAUUAUAUUUUAUCUCUGUAAUUUAAUAGUUCAAACAGGCUGAAAGUAUGCACUAUAAUGUAGGUUUCUAGAUAUUAAGAUGGUACAAAGCUGUGUGUAAUUCAGUCAAAACUGGGCCUAUAUCUACUUUUGAAGCAUUGCAGUUUUUAUGAUGUCAAUAUAAUAACCACAUAAAUAUGGUUUUUCUUUCACGGUAAAACUUGAAAGAACAGAAAUACUGAUCACAGGAAGAUUCAGUCAUUUCUUACCGUCAUCACAGUGGCUCACAUCAAAUAUUACAAUUGUACCGGCAACUUACACCUACUGCUAUUAUUUCAAAAAUAAAAUAGCAGUGAACUAAAAAUAGAAACUACGUGUUGUUAGUUGACAAUAACAGCACAGUGAAAGUUGAAACCUUACAUUAGCUGACGACUACAGAUAAACUACACUAACACUUUAGUAGAGUUACAAAUUAGCAAGUCUCGAAAAAGCUAAUUAUUUAAUUUAGUGCAGCAACAAAAUAUUUUAAUAUCUUGAAGUUUCAUGUAAUUGAAUUCAUAGUGGUACUUCUCAGGCCACAGUUGAAGUGAUAUUUCUAAUAGACAAUCUUUAAUCAGUGUAUCAUCGUUUCUUUUUUAUAAAUGUUUAACUGUUAGCUCAACAAUUUAGACAACCAUUGUAAUUUGUAGUUAAGAUCUAAGUUGAAUAUCAUGAUUUCCUGUGUUAUCAAAUAAUAUCUAUAGGUGUGUGCAAUUAUCUUUAAAAAAUAAAAUUUUAAUUAGUUGACAUUAUAAUAAAAAGAACAGAAGAUAGUCAAAUAAACAGACUUAUUUAGUAUCAUAUUGGAUGAAUUAGAAUAUAUGUUUUAGGGCCUAAAAUAAUUUGACUCGUAGACUUAAUGUUAUUACAAUCAGUGGGACUGUUUGUCAAUGCUUUAUUUCUCAAAAUGAUUGUUAUAUUAACAUCUCUUGUGUUAUCUUAACUCUUUGUUAACACUAAUGUAUGAAGAUAACCUUCCAUAGCCUUGUCAACUCUGUGUUAUUGUUCAUCUUAGUUAAUCAACACUGAUAUAAAGAUGACCAGGUAGCUGAUAUAGUUAAUGCUAUGGAGAUAGCUCAGUCAGUAAUUUGUUUAAUACUGGUGUAUGGAAAGAACUAAUUUAUCUGUGUGAUAAGUUUUUUCUCUUGGGGGGGGGGGGGGGUUAAUACAUAGGUUUGUCAUCAAACUGAUUUAUUUAACUAUCUGUACUUCACUUUUAACACAAAUAAUAAUACCUCCAAAAUUUGAUUCUACUGAACAAACGGUUCUGCUAGUACUCUGGUUGUUGUGAUGACCAUUGUUAUCACAUGGCCGUAAGAUGUAUGUGAAUGUGUUAUUUAUUCUGUAGUUUUACACGUAUAACCCAAUAAUUUUUGGAGAUUUUUCCGAUAUGUUCUCUUUAAAUUUGUUUAUAGCCAUAGAAGUAACUUAUUACUCAUCCCUGUUUAUUUGUUUAUAGCCAUAGAAGUAACUUAUUACUCAUCCCUGUUUAUUUGUUUAUAGCCAUAGAAGUAACUUAUUACUCAUCCCUGUUUAUUUGUUUAUAGCCAUAGAAGUAACUUAUUACUCAUCCCUGUUUAUUUGUUUAUAGCCAUAGAAGUAACUUAUUACUCAUCCCUGUUUAUUUGUUUAUAGCCAUAGAAGUAACUUAUUACUCAUCCCUGUUUAUGAAUAAGUAAGAUAUUUUUUUAUGCUACAUUGGUUCUACUCAAAGAAAACUGUUAAUUAGAAUCAUAGAACAUGCUGACCAUUGAGUCAAAUGUACUUGAACAUGCCAUAAGUAAAUGUGACGUGAUUGUUCCUUCCAGUUGGUUUAAGAUUUUAGCAAGGACCAAUAAUGAACAGACUCCAGCCAAAAGAGAGCUUGCUCAUUGACAAGCUGAAACUUGAGAUAAACAUUGUUGGAUCCACUAAAAAAAGUUUCUCGUGUUGCCAGAAAAAUGUAGUCAUUUGAUAAAUGCUUUAAGAGUUCUAUUUGCAUAAUUUAUAACAAUAUAUGUACAUUGAAAUCGGGAAACCACAUUAUAAUUGUGAUUAAACAUCAAUAACCAUUAAGUUUCUACUUUUUCUGUUGUUUAAGUAAAUUAUUAUUUUUUGUAAAUAUCAAUUAUAAUGAUAUUUCUAUCUUUUUUUUUCAGUGGUUAUCAUGUUGAACAUAUCGUUAAGUAUGAUUGGAAACAAAUACUUUGUUAGUAAAGAUAUAAUUUUCCAGUACACACGUUUCACGUACAGUCAUGUGUAUCCAGGUAUUCAUUCUUAACAUGGGUGCCCACAGGAAGGGGCAAGAGGGGACAAAAAAUUGCAAGUAUUAUGAUGUAAACUUAACAUUGUAAUUAAACUAAAUAUUUUUAGUCAUUUAUAUAUUGAAACUGUAAAUUUGUAUUUGUGUUUAAGCACACAUGUUCUUUUAGUCCAUUGACUUGCACUGAAAAAGCCGAUCCCCUACAUAUAUUUCACCCCCACCCCUGAAAAUAUUUCAGUGGGUGCCCAUGAUUCUUAACAAAUAUUAUAGGUGUAUUCUCAAACUUUAUUAUCAAGACAACAAAUAUAUACACACACUGGAAUGUGACAGUAUAUUAAGCCAAACAAUAAAAUACAUACAUAAAAAACAUCUCGGGGAAUGUUCUAAACAUUUCUUUUAUGGACUUCCUCCUUGUGUAGUUUUGAUUAACUGAAAAUGUUGUUUCCCAGCACAGCACAAGUUUUAUUUUAUUUUUCAUAGAUAUUUAAACAAGUAGUAAACUACAGGGUAUUAGUGGGGACCCCACUUAUUAAGUUAUAAAUCUGUAGUAUCUUCUAAAUUUAUUGUACCAUUUUUACUGUCAAACAUUUCUUUUUUUUGUCUCCAGUGAAAAAGAAUAGUGUGAUACAUACAUCUGUGUGUUUAUAUAAUACCCACAAUAACGUGUAUCUCAAAAUAAAAGUGUUGGUGAAAUGGUUUUGAUUUCAUCCCAUUUUUUUGUAUUGGUUUAAGCAUGGAACCUUGAAAUACCUAUUUUUUACAAAUGUAAUACUUAUAUGUAUCUUUAUUGAUUUGUGAGAAGAAUAUUUGAAAAGCAAAAGCUGAUGAUGAUAAAUCUUUUACCAAAGAUGUUUUUUCGAUUAGAAUCAAGAAUGUUCUUUAUAUAUACAGAAUUCAGUUCUAUUAGAUGAG